AUGUUGCCCGGCAUCGGUGGGUACAGGCCCCCGGGGACGAUGUCGGGGGUCAACGGGUUCGGCGGGGGUCGCAGCACGAUGGUAUCUGCGUCAGGCAUACGUGGGUUCGACUUCUACCGCACGCUACCCAAAGAGCUCACGGAGUCCUCCCUCGCGGGGAUCGUUACCUCGCUGCUGGCCUCGCUCUUCAUCGUCAUGCUCGUCGGAUACGAGUUCGCGGACUACAUGACACCGGACAACGUGUCCGAGCUCGUCGUAGAUCGCUCCGACUUUAACGAGGUCCUGCGCGUCACCUUCAACGUGUCCUUCCCCGCCCUGUCGUGUGAACAUCUGGAGGUCGACGUCAAGGACGCCGUCGGGACGCGGCGGUACAACAUGACGCGCACCGUCACGCGCACGCCGAUCUCCGCCGACCUCGAGCGCGCCGGGCUGCCGCAGACGGCCCGCAGCACAGCGCAGCACAGCGCGGCGCCGGACGGCCCCAAGUACGACGACUACCCGCCGCUGUCGGAGGAGGAGAUGCGCGCGGAGGAGAAGCACCUGUCGGAGGCGCUGACGUCGCGGACGUUCGACGCGUACGUGCACAAGCACCCGGUGGUGAUGGUGAACUUUUUCGCGCCGUGGUGCCCCUGGUGCCAGCGCCUCGCGCCCACGUGGGAGGAGGCGACGCGCGUGCUCUUCCAGCGGCACGGCGCGGACAACGACGUGCGGUUCGCGCGCGUCGACUGCACCGCCAGCCAGGACCUCUGCAAGAAGUAUCAGAUUCAGGCGUAUCCGGCCAUCCGCGUAUUUACAAAGGGAUCCGACGAGAGCGCGGCGUUCGUGGACGGCAAGGGGCACCACGCGCACGUCGCGUACCAGGGGGACCGCACCGUCGACGCGCUCGUCACCUUCGCCGAGGCGGUCAGCUACCACCGCCAGAAGGCGCCUGCAGGGCCGCUUGACGUCAAGGCGGCGCUGGCGAACUCGGACGACAAGGAACUGUCGAAAGUGGUAGGCGACGCCCACAAGGCUCCGGGGUGCAACAUCAACGGGUUCUUGCUGGUGAAGAAGGUGCCGGGGGCCAUCACGAUGUCGCUGGUCGCGCCCGGGCACUCGCUGGACGCCGAGCGGAUCGACACCUCGCAUGUGGUGCACAAGUUCUUCUUCGGACUACCCCUGGCCACGAGAGAGGCGGCGAGGGUGCUCAAGCGGAUGCAUCCGCACGGGCUCACGCGCGCCUGGAUGGACAAGUUCGCCGGGGCGCAGUUCGAGUCCCCGAGCGCCAACAUGACGCACGAGCAUUACAUGCAGGUGGUGCUGACGACGAUGACGCCGCUGGGGCGCGGCGUGCGGUCGCACGACGCGUACGAGUACACGUUGCACUCGCACAGCUACUCGGCGGAGGGCGCGGACCAGGUGCCGGAGACCCGGUUCUCAUAUGAGCCGAGCCCAAUUCAGAUCAUGGUCUCUGAACGCAGGCAGCCGCUGUACCACUUCGUGACGUCGCUCUGUGCGGUGGUCGGCGGCGUGUUCACCGUGAUGGGCAUGCUCGGCGGGGGGAUCGGCGCCGCGAGCGCAGCGCUGAAGAAGAAGCUAGACUUGGGAAAGCAGUACUGA